UGGCCGUACUGCCCAGAGACCACUACCCUCUGGAGACUGAAAGGCAACCUACACUCAGGCCCUGUCUAUCUUCUGUUCUGCAUUCAGAAUCAGAGCCUGGAGACAGCCCUCAGCUUUAGAGAUGGCUAUCCUUAUUAUUUUUUACCUACUUAGUGUUCUGGUGACAGGUAUGUGUAAAGAUGGGGCUGGGAGUGACAGGGAAUGUAAACCAGGCCUGGCUCCCCAUUGCCCCUCCAUUCCUCCUAGUGCCCAGCCCUGGACACACCCUGCCCAGGGCCAGCUGUUUGCAGACCUGAGCCCCGAAGAGCUGACAGCUGUGAUGAGUUUUCUAGCCCAGAAGCUGGGGCCAGGGCUGGUGGAUGCAGCCCAGGCUCGCCCCUCAGACAACUGUGUCUUCUCAGUGGAGCUGCAGCUGCCCCCCAAGGCUGCAGCCUUGACCCACUUGGACAGAGGGGGCCCGCCACCUGCCCGAGAAGCGCUGGCCAUCAUCUUCUUUGGCGGACAACCCCAGCCCAAUGUGAGUGAACUGGUGGUGGGGCCACUGCCUCACCCCUCCUACAUGCGGGAUGUGACUGUGGAGCGUCAUGGGGGCCCCCUGCCCUACCACCGACGCCCUGUGCUGAUCCGAGAAUACCUGGACAUAGACCAGAUGAUCUUCAACAGAGAACUGCCCCAGGCUAAGGGACUCCUUCACCACUGCUGCUUCUACAAAAUCCAGAGAAAAAACUUGAUGACAAUGAACACAGCCCCCCGUGGUCUACAAUCAGGGGACCGGGCCACCUGGUUUGGCCUCUACUACAACCUCUCAGGGGCUGGGUUUUUCCUGCACCCUGUGGGGUUGGAGCUGCUGGUGGACCACAAGGCCCUGGACCCUGCCCACUGGACCAUCCAGAAGGUAUUCUAUCAAGGCCGCUACUAUGAGAGUCUGGCCCAGCUAGAGGACCAAUUUGAGGCUGGCCUGGUGAAUGUGGUUGUAAUCCCAGACAAUGGCACAGGUGGGUCCUGGUCCCUGAAGUCCCCAGUGGCCCCUGGUCGGGCUCCCCCUCUGCAGUUCCAUCCCCAGGGUCCCCGCUUCAGUGUCCAGGGGAAUCAAGUGGCCUCCUCAAUGUGGACUUUCUCCUUUGGCCUUGGAGCUUUCAGUGGCCCAAGGAUCUUUGACAUCCGUUUCCAAGGGGAGAGGGUGGCCUAUGAAGUCAGCGUCCAGGAGGCCGUGACCAUCUAUGGUGGAAAUUCUCCAGCUGCAAUGCGAACCCGCUACACAGAUGGUAGCUUUGGCAUAGGCAACUACUCCACACCCUUGACACGUGGGGUGGACUGCCCCUACCUGGCCACAUAUGUGGACUGGCACUUCCUUUUGGAGUCCCAGACCCCCAAGACAAUACAUGAUGCCUUUUGUGUGUUUGAACAGAAUCAGGGCCUCCCGCUGCGGCGACACCACUCAGAUUUCAACUCCUACUAUUUUGGGGGCCUUGCGGAGACAGUGCUGGUCGUCAGAUCUGUGUCCACCAUGCUCAACUAUGACUAUGUGUGGGAUAUGAUCUUCCACCCCAACGGGGCCAUAGAAGUCAAAGUCCAUGCCACGGGCUACAUCAGCUCUUCGUUCCUCUUUGGUGCUGCUCAAAGGUAUGGGAACCGAGUUGGGGAGCACACGCUGGGCACGAUUCACACCCACAGUGCCCACUUCAAGGUGGAUCUGGAUGUGGCAGGACUGGAGAACUGGGUCUGGGCUGAAGACAUGGCCUUUGUCCCCACGACUGUGCCCUGGAACCCUGAACGCCAGGUACAGAGAAUGCAGGUGACCCGAAAGCUGCUGGAAACAGAGGAGCAGGCUGCUUUCCCCCUGGGAGGGGCCACUCCCCGCUACCUAUACCUGGCCAGCAACCACAGCAACAAGUGGGGUCACCCACGAGGCUACCGCAUCCAGAUACUUAGUUUUGCAGGGGAGCCACUGCCCCAGAACAGCUCCAUGGAGAGAGCCUUCAGCUGGGGGAGGUACCAGCUGGCUGUGACACAGCGGAAGGAAGGGGAACCCAGUAGCACCAGCAUCUAUAAUUUGAAUGACCCUUGGACACCUACGGUGGACUUCACUGACUUCAUCAAUAAUGAGACUAUUGUAGGGCAGGACUUGGUGGCCUGGGUGACAGCUGGUUUUCUGCACAUCCCACAUGCAGAGGAUAUUCCCAACACGGUGACUGUGGGGAAUGGAGUGGGCUUCUUCCUCCGACCCUACAACUUCUUUGAUGAGGACCCUUCCUUCUACUCUGCUGACUCCGUCUACUUCCGGGAGGACCAGGAUGCUGGGGACUGUGGGAUCAACCCCCUGGCUUGCCUGUCCCAAGCUGCUGCCUGUGCCCCUGACCUCCCUGCCUUCUCCCAUGGGGGCUUCUCUCACAACUAGUUAGUCCCUGGGAUGGCCAAUCUGACCAGGAGCCCUGGGGUCAGGUUAGAAGGGCUGGGGCAGCAAUUGGACACUGGGCAGGGAAGCCUGUUUCCCUCUUCUCCUUCCUCACACCCCUGAUGUCUCUGUCAAGGUCCUCUCUCUUCCACUGUCCUCCUUUGCCUCCUCCUCCUUGGCUGGAGCAUCCUGACCCUGAGAUGCCUGACAGAGGAAUACUUGGUCUUGCUGGUCCUAGCUGUGCUGAGUUCCUCCCCAGGGAGGGGAGGAAUGACCCAGCCAGGAGACUGAAGCAGUGACCAAGCUUGUCCCCAGAUGACUCUUGUAUUUUCUAAGCUUUUCUCCCUUAUUUUUAUAAAUGAGAUACGAGUCAUAAAACCUAAAACCCACUAUUUCAAAAUAUACUAUUUAGUGGGUUUUUUUUUAAUAUGGUCAUAAAGUUGUGCAACCUUUGCCACUAAUUCCAGAACAUUUUCAUCACUCCAGAAAGAAACCCCAUGCCUAGCUGGUGUGGUGGCGUACAACUGGAAUCCCUGAAGCAAGAGGAUGACACCAACCUCAGCAACUUAGCAAAGCCCUAAGCAACUUAGUGAGACUCUGUCUCUAAAUAAAAAAGGGAUGGGAAUGUGGCUCAGUGGUUAAUUGUCCCUGGGUUCAGUCUCUGAUACCAAAACAAAAAACAAAAACAAAAUAGGAACCCCAACCCCUACCUAUUAGCAGUCACUUCCCAUCCCUCUCCCACUCCUUCCCAGAUCUGCAUAAUCAUUAAUCUACUUUCUAUCACUAUGGAUUUAUCUAUAUUCUGGACAUGUUGUAUAAAUGGAUUCAUUCAAUAUAUGGUCUUUCAUGAUUGGCUUCUUUUACUUAGCAUGCUUUGAAGUGCAUUAAUUUUAUAGUAUAUAUCAUUGCUUCAUUUCUACACUGCUAAAUAAUAUUCCAUUGUAUGUUGCUAGAAUUUGGAUCUUGAAUGUCUCCUAACGGCUUGGUGGUAUUAUUGGGAGAUGAUAGAAUCUUUGGAAGGUGGGGUUUGUGGGAGGUCCUUAGGUUAUUGGGAGUGUGGGAAGGGAUUGUGGAAUCCCUACUCCUUUCUCUCUUUUUUUGCUCCCUGGCUCAUGACAUAGUGAGUUUGUUCUGCCUCUCACUUCUGCCGCGAUAUACUACUUGCCUCAGGCCCAAAGCAACAUAACCAAUCAAUCAUGGAAUGGAACUUCCAAAACUGUAAGCGAAAAUAAAUCUUUUCUCUUCAUAAGUUAA